AUGGCCGAAGAAGCGAAUCAGCUCAAUGCGGGUGAAAUUCAACCGGAUGUCCAGGCACCAACCUCAGCCUCGACUACUGCUCUAGACGAGCUUCGAACUCGUCGGAAAGAGUAUUUAAAGUACCAGAACGAAACACAGGCUGCUGCUUUGGAGGGUAGAGCAAGCUUUCUUGCAGAUGUUGUGACUUGGGAGGACCCUGUGGCACUUGGCGAUGGUGUGGGGCUUACAUAUCGGGUUUACGCCAAAAGCCAUGAAGUUUCACAAGCAGUGAAGGGACUCCGAGAGAAUGGAUCUUCCGACGAGGUUACUAACCUUGGGAUUACCGGAAGUUUCAUUUACAUUCACGGUGGAGGUUGGAGGGUCGGAAACCUGGACUCGGAAGACUUAACAUGUCGUCGCCUGUGUCACACUUUAAAUCUCGUGGUAUUCUCUAUCAACUACCGCAAGGUACCCGAGCACCCUUAUCCUAUUCCGAUUACGGAUGCCAAAGCUGGAGUACUCGCCGUGAAUGAGCGGUAUAUUUCGAAACUCUCAAGUUUGCCUGUUAUAAUAUGCGGAUCUUCAUCGGGUGGACAUAUUGCGGGUUUGAUCACACAGGCUGCUGUGGAAGGGAGCUUGAAUAUUCGCCUUGACCGCACGGCUUUACGGGGACCUGUUACGGUCCAUCCCGAUCAUGUCCCGACUCGUUUUAAAAAAUCUUACAAUUCUUAUGAUACGAAUGAUAGCAGGGGUGAAUAUCAGGGCAUGGCGUCCAACAUGAGGAAUGGAGUGUUCGGGAUGGCUUCUAUCCCACAAGGGGUCAUUGAGACCGGACAGGCAUUCCCACUGUGGGGGGAGUUCAAAGGACACCCACGAACAUAUAUCGAAGUUUCCGACGACGACGUGCUCCUCGAUGAUGGGCUCUGCUACGCGAAAGCUCUCGAAGAAGCUGGGGUAGAAGUUAAAGUGAAAAUUCGCAAGGGUGAUCAUACGUGGUGGCUUAAGAAGUACGAUACUGACGAGGGGGCAAUUGUAGAAGAGGAUUUUGUGCGCGAAGUCGGGCUUUUGAUUUCUACACAGCUCGAAGAGCUGAGUAUCUAA